AUGGCAGACUCGAUCGAUGCGAUCGAUGGCGGCGACGACACCCGCCGCAAUAUCGUGGACAACGACCCACAGAUAGAGGUGACGGAUCAGGCAGGAAACGACAAUACAGCAUCCGAAGCCUCCGCAUUCGCCGAUGAGGCCCCGAAAAUCGGGAAAACACAACUGCGACGUCUUAAACGCGAACAGAUUUGGACCGCUGUGAAGGAGAAGAAACGAUUGAAGAAGGAGGAGAAGAAGGCGUUGCGUCCUGCUGUCGAGCAACCUGUUUUGGACAUGAGCGACGCGGCGGUGCUCGUGCGGAAAGAACGGUCGAUUCUCAAACGCGAGAGUUUCCUCAUGCGUGCGAAUGAAGGGUCGACGAUCGUCAUCGAUUGCGGGUUCGAAGAGGACAUGACGAGUCGGGAGAAGAAGUCGUUGUCGCAGCAAAUCAUGUUUUCGUACGGCGUCAACAAGCGCAGCGACACGCCAGCGACCAUGUUCUUGACGUCCCUGACGGGUGAAACCGAAGCCAACUUGGUGAAAAUCGGUGGGUUUGGCACGUGGCUCGGCUGCAGCGCCACGCCCAAGUCAUACAUGGACGUGUUCAAGAAGGAAAGCCUCGUCUACUUGACGGCUGAUUCCCCCAACGUGAUCAACGACCUCCAAUCCGACAAGGUAUACAUCAUUGGCGGGAUUGUCGACCGCAAUCGAUUGAAAGGCGCAACGUUCGACAAAGCAGUGGCCCAGGGCAUUCAGACUGCCAAGUUGCCUCUGGACAAGGUCCUCGACAUGGGUCAAGCCACAAGGGUGCUCACAGUGAACCACGUGUUUCAGAUCUUGGUCGACUACUCCAACGUGCGCGACUGGACCCAAGCGACGUUGAGUGCGCUCCCAGGUCGAAAACGAGCUACGCCCAAAGCAUAA